AUGAGUUCGAAUUUAAACACCAGAUCAGCGGGUAAGUAAUGUUAAUAUCUUUGAUUGGUUUUAUGUUUAGGAGUGAAGAGACUGCUACAAGAAGCUAAAGAACUGCAUAAACCAACUUAUAUGUUCUAUGCUAAGCCGUUAGAGGUAAUUUUAUCUUUUUUUGUCGUAUUUUCAACAGAAAUACAUCUGAUUUUUAUGGAUAAUAUGAAAAAUGCUAAAGAUAGUAUUAAAUUCGAUAGAAUUUGAUGAAAUACGAUAGAUUGGGACUUUAUCUUGCGGUGACAUCGAUUUUAUGCAAUUUUUUCAGGAUAAUCUAUUCGAAUGGCAUUUUACAUUCAGAGGGCCACCAGAUACUGACUAUGAAGGAGGGAUUUAUCACGGACGGAUUAUUUUGCCUCAUGAGUAUCCAAUGAAGCCUCCGAAUGUUGUUUUGCUUACGGUUAGUAAUUUCUCUAUUUUUUAUUAUUAUUUUAGGCCUGAAAAACUGCGAUAUUAGGCAUUUGACCUUGUUCUAAACCAUAAGCUAGUACAAUAUCUUCCACGUUUGUCUCUAAAUAUUGAAUUUUAGCCAAAUGGUCGAUUCGAAACGCACACCAAGAUAUGUUUGAGUAUUUCUGGCUAUCAUCCAGAAACUUGGCUUCCUUCCUGGUCGAUUCGUACCGCGAUCUUGGCUUUAAUCGGAUUCUUUCCAACUGAUGGGGCUGGUGCAUUAGGCUCAAUUGAGUGUUCUUCUGCGGUCAGAAAACGUCUGGCCACACAGUAAGGAUCUUUGAAAUUCCCUUUGAGCUUUAGAUAACAAAAAUAAGCCUGCGGAAGCGAAAUUGCGCUUAGAAUCGCAUCUUGAUUUUGUCAUAGGUGUACCUAUGAUAAUAUUAAACUUUUUACCAUUAUUAAAGAAGUUUUUAAGCUCGUAAUGACUAUAUUUCUAAUUUUACUAUAAUUGUUGUUUCAGGUCAGUCGAAACCAGUUGUGAAACUUGCGGAUGUUGCCUAAAAAACGUGCUACUACCCACAGAAGAUUCAGAAUCCUCGCAAAAGCCGUCAUCAUCAGGAGACAAGUCUGAUAUUCCCCAAAGUUCAUUUGCUGCUCCAAAGCCUAGUGAUGGUAACGUGCCAAGAAAUAGUGGUCAUGACGACAAUCUCCCAAGCGGUCACGAUGACAAAGCUUCAAGUCGUCAUGAUGACAAAGCUUCCAGUGGUCAGGAUGACAAGAAUGACAAACCAAAUGAAAGCGAAGAGAAUCCAAGUUCAAGUACGACUACUACAGACGAAUCUCGUCCAAGUUCGCAAAACUCGAAUCGGCGCCAAUCAUCUCCACCUACUAUAAGAUCGGGUCAAGCCCAACGACCUCGUCCAAACACCCCAAUCCCCUUGAAUGUCAUGGCUUUUGGAAUUUGCAUUUGUUUCGCUGCCUUUGUUGGCCUAUUGGCCAGAAAACUGACUUUUUAA